AUGACAUUCACACAUAACGAGUUAUUGGUUCCAUCAAUCAUCGCAACCAUUUUGGCUUUAUAUCCGUUACCAUGGCAUAUCCGAACUCGAAACAUUGCUACAUUAUCGAUGAUCUUCUGGAUGACUUGUUUGAACUUGGUUCAUACUAUCAACUGUAUCGUGUGGGACAAGGACAGUGAGGUGAGGGCCAGAAGUUGGGGAGACAUAAGUGCAAUCAUAGUUGUGGCAUAUAAUUUCGCACUUCCAACUGCCCAUCUCUUACUUGCCAAGCAACUUGAAUCAUUAACGACUCUACGUCCUCAUUCACCUUUGUACGAUGACGAAGCUAGAAGAAGACACAAGCUAUUCGAUAUCUCCGCUACGUUCCUAUCUCCGGUCAUCGGAGUAUUGGUACAUCUCAGUAAUAUGGAUAGAAGGUUUUACGUGGUUGAAAGUUUCGGUCCAUUGCCUGCUACCUACUGGAAUGGUUGGGGUGUCUUCUGGAUGGCUAUCGUCCCUAUUCUCAUCGCUCUAGCAUGUGCCGCCUAUACAGGAAUGGCACUCGUCAAUAUAAUCAAAAGAAGGAAACAAAUGUUAUCAAUGGUAGCGACUGGAUCUUCGGUCAACAAAGAACAAUUCGUCAGAUUACUAUUUCUGACUGUAGCAGAACUAGGUACAUGUGGGCUUCGAGCGAUAUUCAAUUUGAUGUCAUUCCAAAGAGGACCUCAAACUUUAGGACAUUUCGGACCACCCGAACACAACUUGACGAAAAUCGAAAGUAUCCCACUAAGUAUGAUAUCUGAACGAGGCAUUUUAGUAUUACGAUUAUCGUAUUUCACUUGUGUGGCAUGUAGUAUCGUGUUUUUCCUUUGUUUCGUCACUAGUGCCGAAGUGAAAAAAUUCUACUAUCAAUUGAUGAUUCGAAUAUUCCCUUGUUUACCUGAACCUACCCAGGAUCGAAUACACAAGCUCGGAUCGAUGGACACUGGAAUCAAUUCAGCCAGAAUCCAAAUUCACACUUCCACCUCGACCUACACUUCUCAAACAUCUUCUAUAUCAAUGCCUAACACACCUCAAACGGGUGACAAAGAUAUAAGUUUGGAAGAUAUGUUGGGUACGCCCAUGAUGGACACUAACGGUAAUUACAUGCCUAGAAAAGGUAGUGCAAGUACAUUAGCAAGUAAGAAGACGUAUGAUAGUGGAACGAUUCAUUUACCACCUAUGUUAACUGAUAAAGAGAAAUACCCCGUUUGA